AUGAAAUUGUCUACAUGCACCAACCAAUGGGAUUUCGCCAUCGGGAAUAUCCUGAUCAUGUGUGCCGCCUCAAGAAGUCUCUACGGCCUCAAGCAGGCUCCUAGAGCUUGGUAUCAACGGUUCACUGAUUUUGUUGUUCAACAUGGAUUUACUCAAUGCAAGACGGACAAUUCUCUAUUUAUCUAUCAACACGGUCACGAUGUUGCUUAUCUCCUCAUCUAUGUGGAUGACAUCCUUCUCACCACCUCCUCUGACCGACUCCGUCAACAACUCAUGAGUCUUCUUGCAGGUGAAUUUGCUAUGAAGGAUUUGGGGCCCUUAUCCUAUUUCUUGGGCAUCUCGGUUACCAGAACAGGGGACACGUUGUUCCUGUCCCAACAUGCAUAUGACAAAGACAUCAUUCAUCAUGCAGGUAUGGACUCGUGCAAAUCUGUAGCGACCCCGGUAGACACACAGAGUAAAUUAGCCAGUGAACCAGAUUCAUUAUUUGAUGACCCUACCACCUACAGAAGCUUGGCCGGUGCAUUGCAGUACCUAACCUUCACAAGACCCGACAUUGCAUACGCGGUACAGCAAGUAUGUAUGCACAUGCACUCCCCUUGCAUAGCUCACUGGAACGCUCUUAAGCAUAUCAUCCGGUACUUACAAGGCACUGCUGAGUUCGGCCUUCAUCUCCGCUCCUCCUCGGCCCUCUCCAUUCGUGCCUACACCGAUGCUGAUUGGGCAGGUUGCCCGGACACUCGUCGCUCUACAUCCGGAUACUGUGUCUAUCUUGGAGACAACUUGAUCUCAUGGUCCUCAAAAAGACAAUCCACCAUCUUCCGUUCUAGUGCAGAGGCCGAAUACCGUGGUGUUGCUAACGUAGUUGCAGAGAUAUGUUGGCUGCGAAACCUUCUUCUUGAGUUACAUCGCCCUUUGACAAAAGCCUCCUUGGUUUACUGUGACAACGUCAGCGCCAUUUACUUAACCGGCAACCCGGUUCAGCAUCAGCGGACCAAGCACAUUGAACUCGACAUUCACUUCGACAGGGAACACGUUUAA